AGCUUUAUUCCCCAUGCGCGUACAAAAACAGGGUCUACAAAUCUUCCUGAAGGAGUGGUACAUGUUUUCCGUCAACCUUCCGAUGCUGCACCUAUCAAUGACGACCCUGAAAGAUCCUCUUCGUCCUCAGCAGCGAGAGAUGACUCAGCACUGCAGCACAUAGAUUCCGACGGUGUCAUGAUGGGCGUCCUCGCAGUACCCUCUUGGAUGACACCGUCCGAUUUCCUCGCGUUCGUCGCUCCGGCAGCCGAUGGUAUGGCUCAUCUGCGAAUGAUUAGGGAUUCAGCACCGAACCGCUCCAUCGUCCUGAUCAAGUUCCGAAAAGCUGAAGAUGCAGCCGAGUUCGCCGAGGCUUACAAUGGCAAACCGUUCAACUCAAUGGACCCUGAGAUCUGUCACGUCGUGCAUGUACUCUCCGUCGCCAUUGAGCCGGAUGACCAGAUCUCGCUAGCCAUAUCUCGCCUUAGCGUCCCCGAGGGUGCCUACGAGCUACCUACGUGCCCGGUGUGCCUCGAGCGGAUGGACUCAGCCGUAACAGGCCUCGUCACUGUGCCCUGUUCACAUACUUUCCAUUGCAGAUGUUUGAGCCAAUGGGGUGACAGUCGGUGCCCCGUUUGCAGAUAUUCACAGACACUGCUUUCCUCACACCCUCCUUCAUCAAGUAAUCGUUCCUCUGUCCCUAUCCCUUUCACGUCUCCCUCCACGCCCGGUCUCUCGAGAUGCGCUGACUGCUCAUCGACAACGAACUUAUGGAUCUGUCUGAUAUGCGGCAACAUCGGCUGCGGGCGGUACGGUCGUGCCCAUGCCCACGCACACUAUCAGAGGACCACCCAUCUGUAUGCACUAGAGCUCGAGACUCAGCGGGUAUGGGACUACGCAGGAGACGGGUAUGUACACCGCCUCAUUCAGAACAAGGCGGACGGGAAACUAGUCGAGUUACCAUCCGCUGCAUCAUCUGUUGGCGGAAGUAAUGCGAACACUAGUGGGCUAGGGCCUGGCCCGUCGGACGCACUGACGGCAGAGAAGAUAGAGGCGAUCGGGAUCGAAUAUUCGUACCUUUUGACAUCUCAGUUGGACUCGCAAAGGGUAUUCUAUGAGGAGCAGACUUCAGAGUUGAAGACUCAGGUGGAUGAGCUCAAAACGUUAGUGGAGAGGAUGAGAAUGGAGGUCGAGCGGGAGCGGGCCAGUUCAAGAGAGGAGAUCGAGCGGAGAAGACAGGAGGAAGAAGAAAUAGUAGCCGCGCUGGAGAAGGAUAAGGCAAGGGCUGAGAAAAGGGCCGAGAAGGCCACGGACUUGGCCAGGCGGUUGGAGAAGGAGUUAAAAGAGGAAAGGGCUGUCAGCGAAGGGCUGUUGAAGAAUUUGGAGAAGAUGAAAGAGCGGGUUGAUCAGGCUGAUAGAGAGAAGGAAAACUUUGGAUCAAGGAUCAGUGAGCUGGAGGAUCAGCUGAGAGAUGUGAUGUUCUUCCUGGAAGCUCGAACAAAAAUUGAGCAAGGCGGCGGUGUGGAGGCAGAAGCUGCAGGAGGGUCGUUGGAGGUACCGCCGCCAUCACCACGAGCACCGGGGAAGAAGAAGAAAUCUCGGAAGGUUUGA